CAGAAUUUCACAAGGCACCAGCAGGACUGAAGCAGAGCACGUUAAUGCUUUCUCAGCUCAGCCCCAAAGCUCAGCCCAGGAAGCUGCCCUGACAAAGUUCACAUUUCAUAGGGUAGGCAUGAGCACUAAAGAAGAGGAAAUAUACAUUUAAGCCCAAACAGGCUUGACUUGAAGAAAACACUGAUUUUCGAUGCAGCUAUGAAUUAAGAGAAUACAAAAGAAAUCUGAAUGCUGCUUAAGAAGGAAAGGUCUGGGAAAAAGAAAUACUGAGGAAGAGCAGGAUGAGCGGUGGUGGGAGGAUAUGAAUGUGUGGCUGGCGAUACACAAAAUCCAGAAGUGAAGAAGCCACAGGCUGUGCCAGCAAUUUCAAAUGCCUACGUCUUUUUGCCAGAAAAUUCAGCAUGACGGAAGCAUUCACGGAAACGACAGCUGAAUACACUUAUGAUGAAAAUGCUUUUACCUGCAAUAAGACUGAUAUCCAAGAAUUUGGGAGACUAUUUCUGCCAAUAUUUUACAUUUCAGUCUUUGCUCUUGGCCUCACAGGCAAUCUAAUGGUGGUUUUUGCCAUUGUGAAAGAAGGCAGUAAAAAAAGCAUCACUGACAUCUAUCUCCUGAACUUGGCUAUCUCAGAUCUUCUCUUCGUGAUCUCCCUCCCUUUCUGGGCUUCCAACACAGUGCGUGGAUGGACCCUCGGGACUAUUCCAUGCACAGCUGUUUCCUCACUGUAUUAUAUCGGUUUCUUUGGGGGCAUGUUCUUUAUCACUGUUAUCAGUAUUGACAGAUACUUGGCCAUUGUCCGGGCAACGUAUUCUCUGAAAUCCAGGACAGUGAAACAUGGCUUUCUAAUAACCUUUGGAGUAUGGGCAACAGCAGUUUCAGUUUCAGUGCCGCAUUUUGUGUUCUCCCAGCUGGUAGAAAAUGACUGCAUGUCUGUCUUCCCUCAGGAGCUGGAGAACAUUUGGCCAGUGGUCUGCAAUGUAGAACUGAACACCAUUGGCUUUUUCAUCCCAGUUUGUAUCAUAUGCUAUUGCUACUGUGGGAUCAUAAAAACCCUGCUGUCCUGCAAAAAUCAGAAAAAAACACGAGCCAUAAAACUGAUCUUAAUUGUUGUGGUCGUGUUUUUUCUGUUUUGGUCCCCCUACAAUGUACUGAUUUUUCUAGAAACUUUAAAGCACUAUGAGUUAUUCACAAAUUGCAACCAAAUUAAAUCAUUGGACUACGCAAUGCACCUGACCGAAACCAUUGCAUUUAGUCACUGUUGUCUCAAUCCUCUUAUCUACGCCUUUGCUGGGGAAAAAUUCAGGAAAUACCUUUAUCGAGUCGGCUUAAAGUACUGUCCAUGCCUGUGUUUCUGUGGCCCCUGCAAGCGCUACCAGGUCACCUGUUCAGCUAGCUAUGCAGAAAGCAUCGUGAACAGCAACAUAACCCUGAACACCAGUGACCAGGAUGCCUCUGUCUUCGUCUAAAAGGUUCUGUGAAGAAGAAAUGUAAGUAAAUAUAUGUUCUGCAGGGCUAGACACCACUGUGACAUUGACAUUACCUGUAGGAAGAGACAGCCACGCUGAGUUACUCCUUAAGCAUUAAAUAUUCUAAAACAUUAAAGAUUUUAAAAACAUACUAUAUGCCAAGGCUGACCGUGGAAUUGCAUUAAGAGAGAGGAAGAGGACAAGGAGAAAUGAAGGCAGAGCUCCGGCUUAGAACAGGAGGCGGAGAAGAAUUUAACGAUAGGAAGCUCUUCAAAAGUUUCAGACCGAAACUUGUUUUCUAAGGGGAGAGAGUUCUCUGUAAUGAAUAAUAGCUGACUGUUAGCAAAAGGGAAUAUUUUUAAUAGUAAAAGGGUGUAAUUUUGAUGCUAUACAUCCAUAUGGAAGUUAUUUUGGGGUUGUUGAGUGUGAUGAAUG